UAUGGAGGAAUUGUCAAUUUUCAAAGAUAUCCGUAGAUGGUUAGAUAGGUGAGCUAGCUAACGUUAGCUACCCUAAGUGACAUCGAUAUUCAAAGCGAGCAAACCUGUGCAAACCUUCACGACACAUCCUACUGACCAAGUAGUUAAUUAUUAACAUAGUUAUGCACAUCAAGAGUGUAGUUAACUAGUGAUUGUUUAUGUUGUGAAGCUAACAGCUAGAUGGCUACCAGAGUUGUUAUAGCUAGCUGCUAUGUGGAUUUAGCUAGUUCAUGUCAUAGCCAUAGCAUGCUGCAGUGUUAAUGGCUGAACUAUGAAGGCACAACUUCAAGUCACUGUUCUGUCGGCCAAACUGAAGGAGAACAAAAAGAACUGGUUUGGCCCCAGUCCGUACGUGGAGGUGGCUGUGGACGACCAGUCGAAGAAGACUGAGAAAUGCAACAACACCCACACCCCCAAAUGGAAGCAGUCACUCACAGUAAUUGUCACACCUUUCAGUAAGCUCAUUUUCCGGGUAUGGAGUCAUCAGACGCUGAAGGCCGACUUCCUAUUGGGCGUGGCCACAUUGGACAUGAGUGAAACCCUCAAGUCCAAUGAUAUGAAACUCUCUGAGGUGGUGCAGAUCUUACAGCUGUGUUCAGACCAGGACAACACAGACGUGGUGGGAGACCUGUCCAUCUGUCUGGAUGGCGUGCAGGUGGACCCAGAGACCUUUGCCUCUGCAGAGAGAGACCAUGCAGCUACUGCUCCCAACAGGGACGCGAGGCAGAACGAAGAUGGAGGCAACAGGUCCAGCAGAGACACGUCACCUUCCAGUGACUCUACAGAGGACUGGGUGAUCAUCCCCAAUGGCCACGAGAUCAACUGCACGGGGUCUCCCGCCCCAUCCCCAGGGGGCUCCAAGUCCACACGCCCCCCCAGACCUGCUCGUCCUCCUCCACCCACCCCUCGCAGACCAGCCGCCUCCCCAGCGUCCUCUAGCAGCUCCACUCCCAGCGACGUGAGCGAGCCCCCGGCUUCAGACGGCUCCUCCUCAAACCCCCCUCCGGAGAACGGCACAGAACCCCCACCCCCACAGGCAGCCAGCACCAGCGGACCGGAAGCCAUUGGGGUACCCCCAGCCGGAGGGCUCCCCCAACUCGGCCCUGUCAGCAACGGUCCACUGCCACCGGGCUGGGAGCAGAGGGUGGACCAGAAUGGGCGCAUGUAUUACGUGGAUCACAUUGAAAAGAGGACGUCAUGGAACCGACCCGAUUCUCUCCCCUCUGGGUGGGAGCGGCGAGUGGACCCAAUGGGCAGGGUGUACUUCGUGGACCACAUCAGCCGGACCACCACGUGGCAGCGCCCUACGCAGGAGUCGGUGCGUAACUUUGAGGAGUGGCAGCACCAGCGCAGCCAACUGCAGGGGGCCAUGCAGCAGUUCAACCAGAGGUUCAUAUUCGGGCUCCAGGAUCAGCAAAUAGCCGCAGCAAACAAAGAGUUUGACCCGCUUGGGCCGCUGCCACACGGCUGGGAGAAGCGAACAGACACCAACGGCAGGGUAUAUUUUGUUCACCACACAUCGCGGAUGACCCAGUGGGAGGACCCACGGACGCAAGGGCUGCUUAAUGACAAGCCUCUACCUGAAGGCUGGGAGAUGAGGUUCACUGUGGACGGCAUCCCCUACUUUGUGGACCACAACAGGAGAACCACCACCUACAUCGACCCUCGCACAGGCAAAUCCUCCCUUGAGAAUGGGCCUCAGAUCACCUACGUCAGGGACUUCAAAGCCAAAGUGCAGUACUUCAGGUUCUGGUGUCAGCAACUGUCAAUGCCACAGCACAUCAAGAUCACUGUCACCCGCAAAACCCUCUUUGAGGAUUCAUUCCAGCAAAUAAUGAGCUUUCAUCCACAAGAUCUCAGACGGAGGCUGUGGAUAAUAUUCCCCGGAGAGGAAGGCUUGGACUACGGAGGAGUGGCAAGGGAGUGGUUCUUCCUGCUGUCUCAUGAGGUGCUGAACCCCAUGUACUGCCUGUUUGAGUACGCUGGGAAGGAUAACUACUGUCUCCAGAUCAACCCUGCCUCUUACAUCAACCCCGACCACCUCAAGUACUUCAAGUUCAUCGGACGCUUCAUCGCCAUGUCCUUGUUCCACGGGAAGUUCAUUGAUACAGGAUUCUCCCUGCCCUUCUACAAGCGCAUCCUGAACAAGCCCCUGGCCCUAAAGGACCUGGAAUCCAUUGACACGGAAUUCUACAACUCCCUCAUCUGGAUCAAGGAUAACAACCUGGAGGAGUGUGGUCUGGAGAUGUUCUUCUCUGUGGACAAGGAAAUCCUGGGGGAGGUUACUACUCACGAGCUGAAGCCGGACGGAGGCAACGUACUGGUCACUGAGGAGAACAAAGAGGAAUACAUCAGGCUGGUGGCAGAGUGGAGGUUGUCCAGAGGGGUGGAGGAGCAGACCCAGGCCUUCUUCGAGGGCUUCAACGAGGUCCUCCCCCAGCAGUACCUGCAGUACUUUGACGCUAAGGAACUGGAGGUGAUGCUGUGUGGCAUGCAGGAGAUAGACCUGGUGGACUGGCAGAGGCACACCAUCUACAGACACUAUGCUCGCAGCAGCAAGCAGAUCCUCUGGUUCUGGCAGUUUGUGAAGGAGAUGGACAACGAGAAACGCAUGAGGCUGCUACAGUUUGUCACUGGCACCUGUCGGCUCCCCAUGGGUGGCUUCGCUGACCUCAUGGGGAGUAAUGGACCACAGAAGUUCUGCAUCGAGAAGGUGGGCAAAGAAAACUGGCUUCCAAGAAGUCACACUUGCUUUAAUCGACUGGACCUGCCCCCCUACAAGAGCUACGAGCAACUGAAGGAGAAGCUGAUGUUUGCCAUCGAGGAAACUGAGGGCUUCGGACAGGAGUAGUAACACACGGCAGCCUAAAUGGCCACCAUGAGGAGCCAUUCUCCACGCACUUUGAUCUGUCUAGGUUUCAGGCAGCUGCACUUUUUCCCCCCAGGUCCUGGCUCUCUUGAGAUGGGCAGGCACUAACAGACACGUCUCUUUCUGUCAGUCCGGAGCCACGUUAUACAGACCCCCAAACCUGAGGUGGAAUCACUGUCUCCAUGGUGACGACCCUUCAUACUGAAUGAUUCAGCUUUCACCCCCUGACCUGUGUAACCCUGUUGAAGCUUGCCUUAUUCUGCCUAAUCAGACCACGUGUCCGGGAAGAGAGAGAGAGAGGAAGGGGAGGGGAUGUUCCCUCCCCAUGUCACAUCUGCCUGUCACCUCUUCACCACAGUAGUUAAUAAUCACGGAAGAUAUUCACUACAAUGUCAGCUGUUUCAUUUCUUCCCCUUCGUCUCCCUGAGCACAGACUGUUGAGUGUAUGAAUGAAUGCUAGAAUUGUGUGCUGCUGACUCUUCCAAAAAAGUCCCCUUGUCAAUUUGUGACAUUUAGAGUGUUUUAGUUGAUUUAACAUGUUGCUUUCCAGAUGAAAUAUUGAAUCUUAAAACAUUUACUUUGCUGGUACACCACGGUUGUGGUGGUAAGGGUUUUUGUGAAUGUUAUGAUGAAAAGCUUUAUUUUUGGCGUGCAAUAGUUUUACAGUCAGAUGUUUAUGCCCUUUAUAUAGAUAAACCAGACGUUCAUUAAUUACCUCAAUCCAAAGUUUUUGUUUAUAAAGUCAGUUGUAAUCAAGUCUACGUAUUGAUUUCAACCCUGAAUAUUGAAAAGGGUUUUAUUUAAUUUUUUUAUAGCCUGAAAUUGUUGUAGCAAAACAGGGUCGUAUUCAUUUUUCGCCUAAUGGGAGAACAUUGAUCUUUUUUUUAAACUUUGAAUGUUUUUGUGCCUUCUGACCAUGACCCUGGUUUGUUGUGCGAUUUGACCCUUUCUUUCCCAAACAGUCGGCAUUAGGACCGUACUUGUCUACAAUAAUAGCAUUGUUUUAAUUUUUAAGGCAAACCGAACGAGUUACUAAUGACGUGGGAGUGUCAGCAGUGUAUCAAAAGUUAAUGUAAGGACAACCGAUAAGGAAAGAGUCAAUUUAGGAAUUAGAUACAGUAAUUAAGAAAUAUGACAACUGCUUGUGAAAAUCACUCUCACUGAAAGGUAAACCUUUUUUUGUUGUAUAGAGAAUUAUCAUCAACUCCAAGAUCUAAUGAUUAAGGACUAGUUUAAAUCAUAUCUACGCUAGCUGACACCCGCAUAGCUGUUGUUUUGGUGGUGUCUGAAGUGGAACUGUGUUGGAGCUGUCAAAUCCACAAGCGGCUGAUGGGGUUUUACCUGAAGCAGACAUUGCCAUUGGAUGUCACAUUAACAGAAAUCCCAUGCAGCUGUGUUACAAUUCCGAACACUGGCAUCUGUGAUGUAAUCUACACCUCGAUUAGGAUGAUAUAAAUCCUUAUUAUUUUGUUAAUUGAUUUUCAAUUUGAGCAUCAUUAUUUCUAUAUAGCCUAGACUUUCUCGUUCUGAGCUUCUAACACAGGUGGAAGGGGUGUGGCUUAGAGACCAUGUUAAAGAGCAGCUGCUCAAUGAUUUGACGUCAGAAUUGGCAAAAGGAGUUACCUCAGCGACUUUCAGGGUGGUAUGAUCCUCGGUGCCAUUCGUGCCGAUUGGGCUUUUCACGCACGACAGUGUCUAGGGUUUACAUAGAAUGGUGCGAUAAAGAACAUUAAGUCAGUGGAAGUCCUCUGGGCUAAACGGCUCGUUAAUAAGAGGCCCGAAGGAGAAUGGCAAGAAUUGUGCAAGCUAACAGGCCGGCCACAAACAGGCAAAUAAUGGCACAGAACGGCAUCUCGGAACGCGCAACUUGUCGGUCCUUGUCGCAGAUGGGCUAUUGCAGCUGACAACGGCACCGGGUUCCACUCCUAUCAGCUAAACACGAGAAGCGAUUACCAACACUGGACAAUUGAGGAGUGGAAAAACAUUGGCUGGUCCGAUGAAUCCCGGUUCCUUUUCCGUCAUGCUGAUAGCAGUCAGGAUUUGGCAUAAGCAGCAUGAGUCCAUGGCCCCAUCCUGCCUGGUGUCAACAGUACAGGCUGGUGGUGUAAUGGUGUGGGGAAUGUUUUUCAGGCACACCUUAGGUCCCUUGAUACCAAUUGAGCAACGUUUUAACAUUUCCAACACCUUGUAGGAUCAAUUCCCCGGAGAAGUCAGGGUGUUCUGGUCCAACCCGGUACUAGAUGGGUGUACCUAAUAAACUGGACGCUGAGUGUUUAUAUGUAUGUCCCAGUGACAUACGUAAUAUCCUUGUCGUGAGUGACUG